ACACCGCCAUAGACCAAGCAACGGUAAACAAGCACACAUCCACACACAAGCACACAUCCACACAACGGCAAUUAAUCAUUGCAGAGAGCUAGCAGCUAGGUUAGUUAGGUGAGCAGUGGCUGCAAGGGGCAAGCCAUGGCAUCUGUGGAGACGUGGGUAGGGUUCGGGUCGGCCCUGGCCGGCGUCGGCUUGCUUUGGUCGAGGAUGCCGGAGCACGUCCAUGACGAGGCUAGGUACAUCAUCAGUAGCCUGGUCCCCAUGGCGAUAUCCUACUUCAACCCCUACGAGCAGAUCACCGUGUCCGAGUACGGCGAGGAGCGGUUCCGACGCAACAAGAUGUUUGACGCCGUCUCCACCUACCUGAGCCGCGUGUGCGCCGGUGGCGCCUGCAAGCUCAAGGCCGAGCUCUGCAACAACGGCAGGGACGACCCAAUUGUCACUCUGGACGAGAAUCAGGAGGUCGUCGACAGCUUCGACGGCGCACGCAUGUGGUGGAGGCUGUGCCCCAAGGCCUCCAAGAACAAGGGGGCCAUCACCGUCACCUACUACCCCGGGGAAGCGGACAAGCCGCGCUGCUUCAAGCUAGUGUUUCACAAACGCCACCGCCAGCUCGUGCUCAACUCCUACCUACCAAGCGUCGUCCGGCGUUGGCGCGAGCUAACCGCGAUGAACCGGCAGAGACGGCUGUUCACCAACCAUGCCAAUGAGGCGAAGAAGAGCGUGUGGACCAGUGUCCCUUACAACCCCCCUGCAACGUUCGACAUGCUCGCCAUGGACCACGCCAAGAAGGUUGAGAUCGUGGACGAUCUCACAACGUUCCAGAAGGGGAAGGAGUACCACUCAAAGGUUGGCAAGGCGUGGAAGCGGGGCUACCUUCUGCAUGGGCCACCGGGCACGGGCAAGUCCACCAUGAUUGGGGCCAUGGCCAACUUCCUCGACUACGACGUCUACGACCUCGACCUAACUUCCGUCAAGAACAACAGCGAGCUGCGGAAGCUAUUCCUUGAUACGACGGACAAGUCCAUCAUCGUUAUAGAGGACAUUGACGCGAUCGAGGUCGAACUCACUACCAAGCGCAAGGGCAAGAAGGCAGCCAACGGCGACGAAAUCCACGACAAGCGUAUGCUGAUAGAGUUUUCCGACAAGAACGAUGAAAAAAGCAAAGUGACUCUGUCGGGCCUGCUCAGCUUCGUCGACGGGCUGUGGUCGGCGUGCGGCAGUGAGCGGAUCUUCAUGUUCACGACGAACCACAUUGACCGGCUUGACCCAGCACUAAUCCGGCCAGGGAGGAUGGACAAGCACAUCGAAAUGUCUUACUGCCGCUUCGAGGCCUUCAAGGUACUCGCCAAGAGCUACUUGGACAUCACCGAGCACUCACUAUUCGCUGAAAUCGAGCGGCUGCUCGACGACACUGACACAACUCCGGCAGACGUCGCCAAUAACCUCAUGCUGAGGAGCAAGAGGAACGGUGAAAUCAGUCGACUGCUCGACGAGAUCGAUGGGGCACCGCGGGCAGAUGUGGCCAAAUGGUGCAAGAGGAAGAGAGACACGGACGAGUGCCUGGCAGGUUUCGUAGAAAUACUAAAGAAAUCCAAGAUGGAAUCUGCAACAACUCCAAUGGAUUCAAUGGAAGAAGCCAAAGAGGAACGACCUAACGCAAAAGAAAGCUACAAAAUGGGGCGGAUAUAUGAUGAGAACUAUAGGUUGGGAAAUGCCAGCUAGACUCCUUGUUUUGUGUUUGCUAUUUUACCAGACUUGCGUGUUUACUAGUCACUUAAGGUUUCAAAGCCAUACAUAAAAUGGAAUAAUAUAAAAUUAGUGGUGUAACACUACUUAUUUUCUCGAUCUAUAAUUAUUUCACGCUCUAUAA